GAGGACCUCGAGCUGAUAUUCUCGCGCUUCGGGACGAUCAUGAGCUGCCAGGUUAUUAGGGACAAGAAGACGGGCGAGUCCCUGCAGUAUGCGUUUAUUGAGUUUGAUAAGCGGGAGGAUGCGGAACAGGCGUACUUUAAAAUGCAAAAUGUCUUAGUCGAUGAUCGUCGCAUAUGGGUCGAUUUCUCGCAAUCCGUGGCUCGUCUAAACAACCAAUGGUCCAACAACCCGAAGAUGGGCCCGCGCAUGGAACGCGGUGGAGGUGGGAAGCGCGGCAGGGGAGGUGGUCGUCCCGCCGGCGGCUUCGGCGGUCGUGAGGACCUCGAGGAAACGCGGAGGUACCGAGCGGACGACUACGGCGGAGCAGGGGGUGAUUAUGGGAUGGUUUUCGAUGUCCCGGACGAGAAGGACGGUAGGCAUCGAAGCCGAAGCAAAGAGCCGGAGCCCCGGCGGAGGUCGAGGUCGCCUCGGAGGGAUAGAGACAGGGACAGGGAACGCGAGAGAGAUAGGGACAGGGAAAGGGACUAUCGCAGGAGUAGGAGCCGGAGCAGGGAUCGACACAGGCGUCGAAGCAGGAGUAGAGACCGGGACGGCAGGCGAGAGAGGGAUGGAUACAGGGAGCGGAGGCGCUGAGGCGUCGAGAAGGACUUAUACGACCCUGCUGCCAUUGUUAAUCUGGUGCCCAUAGUGAAGCCGCUAUCGGAAUGACCAGCAUGGAUGAUAUACCCGAAACAUCCUUGUGUGCCGCGGUCGCGCUACACAGCUUCGUUUAGCCCGCAAUGACUCUCAGAGAUAUCUGCGUCAUUCUUGCCACACCGCCCUUUCUUGGAUUCCCCACUCACUCGCGGUUAUAAACUCACCUCCACCUUUGCACUCACCCGUAUCCCCGAACUUGUCUCAUAGAGAAUACGAUGCUUAACGCCAUUAAGGACCCCUGGAAUUCACCCGACGCGGAUAUCAUCCUCAUCUGUGCCCCAGACGAAACCGACAUUCGUCUGCACAAAUGCAUCCUCUCCGCGGCGUCCCCCUUCUUCGAGAACAUGUUCUCCCUGCCGCAGCCGUCAUGUUCGGACACGCCCCUGCCAGUCGUGCACAUCUCAGAGGCCAGCUCCGUCAUGGAGACAGUGCUGCAAUUUGUGUAUCCGAUGCUUGACCCCGACAUCGGCACCCUGGACGAGCUCGCCGAGGCGCUCGCAGUCGCGAUGAAGUACGAAUUGACAGUCGCCAUCCAUGCCCUCAGAAAGCUCUUGGUUUCACCGCGCUUCGUCGAGAAGGAGCCCAUGAAAGUCUUCGCCAUUGCAUGCCGCUUCGACCUCGACGACGAAGCAAAGGUUGCAUCGCGACACACUCUUUCCACCGACAUCCUCGCCACACCCCUAUCCGACGACCUCAAACACAUCUCCGCCUACUCCUACCGCCGGCUGCUCGACCUGCAUCGCACGCGGGCCGCGGCCGCGCAAGAGGUGCUGCAAUCCUCCAAACCGGGGUCCGUCAACACGAUCAAGUGCAUGCAAUGCAGCGCGGUCGCGUUCGGGAGCUACAUGCCCCCGCGGUGGUGGACGGACUUUGAGAAGCGCGGCUGCGAGGAGCUCGCGGUGCGCCCCUGCACGCGGGUGAUAUUCUCGAUGGCGUUCUUGUCGCAGUCGGCCAGGUCGGGGUGUCCGAGGUGUGCGGAGAGCGUGCUGAACUCCUACGUGUUCAUCGAGGGCCUGAAGAAGCGGAUCGACGAGUUACCGGACACCAUCUAA